AUGGCUCUGUUGAAUUGGACCGAACUCGGAGAUCACUGCUACCGACAAGUAGCUCAAUAUGACAUGAAAUGGGAACAAGACCUCGCUAUUGAAUACUUUCACAUUGCAGCAGCCCGCUUUGGCGGCCCAGUAGCAAGAAUCAUGAAACCCAAAAGCUUAAUCAUGGGAAUUCCCAACACAAAUCAACUAUUCCGCAAAUAUCUCACAAUCCACAACUCAGCAGGUAAGCUAACAGGUAAGGUUCUAUGAGACUAUUCCAAAGAGCUUGUAAAAAUGGGGUGGACCACUGAUGAAGCUCUUGUUGUCGUUUAUAAAAACGGGGAUGUCGACAUCUACAACAUGCAUGGUGAAAAAAUUGCUUUUCCGCCUCCUUUAUUUGGAAAUCCUCCUUCAAAAGGCAAAGAAAUCGUAGACUGUGAGGUCUUUGAAAACAUGCUAAUUGUGCUUACACAAGACAACGCGUUUUACUAUGUAAGAAAUUUGCCGAAUUGUCUUAGCUUUAAGCCAGAACUGAUAGGUUUGCUGUCUAUAAGAGGGUCUCCUACAUGUUUUAAAGCAAUUCCUUCUGCUCAUUCAUAUUCUGGGAAUUUAGAUAUCUUGUGUGGGCAUCCUGAUGGUGGACUUGUGCUGUUGCAAGAGAUGAAAGAAGUGAAAGGGUUUUCUAAAAUUCCUUUUACCAAUGAAGAAAUUAAUAGGGUUGAAGAGAUAAGCUUAUCAGCCACAGGAGAAUUCUUACUCUUUUUAAUAGAGCAAGAUAUUUUUAUAAAAAUUAAUUUUUUUUAAAUUAAGUCUUUUAAUUUGUAUGGAGGAAGGGCUAGCAAUUUUAUUAGAAGGAGGAGUUGUCGUCAAGCUUAAUUCGAAUUUUUCCAAAUUUUUAGGGAGAACUGACUCAGAAAUGGUAGAGAGGGCCCGACAAGUGGUAUGGUGCGGAAAUGAAGCUGUAUGCUUGAUUUUUAAUGAGUUUGUAGGGAUAUUAGGUCCGGACAAUACCAAAGCUAGUAUGGACAUCGACCAUAUUAAAGAAGGAGUUUUUUGCAAUUCAGAGCUAGAUGGCAUGAGGGUUUUUACAACAGAAAAAUGCGAAUUUUGGGAAAAAGUUGAUCCUUCUUUACAGAUGACACUUUCAAUAGGCAGCUUUUCACCGCCAGCUUUGCUAUUAGUAGCUUAUGAAGCUUAUAUAGAAAAUUCCGCUAGUUCUGGGGAAUCUAUAACUUUUUCCCUCCAUGAAUGAUUAAAAAAACUUUGUUCGCCGACGUAUAGGGGAUAAGUUUUUUUAAUUUAUAUAUUAAUUUUAUAAGAAUGUUUUUCGAAGCUUAACAACUCAAAUUGCAAAAAUGGAGAAGGAAAAAUUAAUUUAAUUUACAAAAUUAAUGUUUUUAAAUGCUAGUUAUUUAAUUUUAGCAGAGAUUUCCGAAAUAUUUUUUAUUCAUUAAAAAAAAUUUUUGUAGAAUUUUUUCAAUAGUUUCGUUCUCAAACAGAGGGAGUAAGAAAUUUGCAAAAUAAUGAUACAUUACAGGAAGCUGUAGACCAAUUAUUAGAAUCAGCAAGUGCCGAGUUCGACGUCGAUACCCAAGAAAAACUACUAAAAGCUGCAGCCUUUGGAAAAACAUUUUUGCCGCCCGGAACUUUUGAUAGUAACAAGCUUGUCAACAUGGUUAAACAUUUAAAAGUUCUUACUCCCCCCCCCCCUCCGUGAGCGAACAAAAAAAUUUUGUUCGCUCACGGAAGGGGGUUAAUUUUUUUUUUUAAAAAAAAUUUAUAUAUAAAUUUUAUAAAAAAUAUUUUUUUCGAAAUUUAAAAAAAUCUUAAUUUGCAAAAAUUGGGAAGCAAAUAUUAAUUUAAUUUGCAAAAUUUAUAUGUUUUAAAACGCAAUUUGUUUAAAAUUAAACAGAAUUAGCUCUAGAUUUCAUUAUACUAAUUAUCACUUAUAUAUCAAAAUUUUUUUCCAUUAAAAUUUUUUCUAUUAAAAAAAUUUUUGUUCACUCACGGAGGGUGGGUUUUUGGUCAAAAAAUGGCGAUUUUUCUAAUGGUUUUGUUCGCUCACGGAGGGGGGGGGGGGAGUUAACAACCUUCGUCGAGAAUAUGUUGCAAGGCCAAUUAUACUUUUCUCCUAUAAAUGCAUUAAUUUUCCAUUCUAAAUUAUUUUUUACAAUUCCUAUGCUAAUAAUUAUACUUAUCACCAACUUAAAUACAUGCGGUCAAACGGAGAAAUGCUUAUAAAAAGGCUACUAGACUCACACCACCACUAUCUAGCUUUACAGAUUUCUAAGUUUUGGAAACUUCGCCAGGAGCACAUAUUCGUCCACUGGGCCUGUGCAAAGCUGACAGACCAAGCUUUUAGCGAUAAAGAAAUGUGCGAGCUUAUCUGCUCAAAACUUAACCUAUGUAAAUCAGUCAGCUACACAGACAUCGCAAGAAAAGCUUUAGAUUCCGGAAGAAAAGACCUUGCUAUUGAUUUACUCGAAAAUGAGCCUGCAAUCUCAAGAAAAGUGCCUUUAUUAUUACACAUGGGGGAGUAUGAUAUGGCUUUAGAUAAGGCUAUAGACAGCAGCGACCCUGAUUUAAUAUACUUAGUCAUCAUGAAAAUCCAUGAACAAGACAAAGCGGCAAGAGACGACCCUGAUUUUGUCCCUGGGGCCACUGGGUCUAUUGAAAAAGUCCUUUCGAAAAACGUCGCAAGAGAAAUGCUGCUUAGCUAUGCAAGACAAAUUGAUGAAGAUUUAUUAAAACAAGCAUUUAGGUAUCUUAAACGACCACAAGAAGCAGGGCAUUUUGCUAUUGAAAAAGCUUAUAAGUACAAUGAUCUCAGAAGAAGAUUGGAAUUGUUGAGCACUGCAAGGGAUUUGUAUGCAAAUUAUGACAGAGAUCCCUUAUACGCAGUUGCAGCUAAAGAGCAGCUGGCCUUGAUAGAAAAACAGAAAUUGCUUAUAAAGAAAACAGGGGACAGAAGUUUAGUGGAUUUAUCAGUUUGCGAUACAAUUGGAAGGCUGCUUAAGCAAGACCAGGAAACUGAAGCUGAAAAGCUAGCAAAACAGUUCCAAAUUUCAGAGAAAAAAAUGUGGUACUUAAAGCUUAUAUUUAAGCAUAAUGAAUAAAUUAAUAGCAUUUUUAUAAUAAUUAGGCACAAAUUAUAUAUAAAUAGUAUAAAAUUAAAGCAUCACAAGGAGACUGGCCAGGCGUUGAAGCCCUUUCGAAAUCCAAAAAAAAUCCUCCUAUUGGCUUCCGACCAUUUGCAAAUAUAGCAGUCCAGAGAAACCAAAACCAGUACGCUGAGCAGUUUAUUUUAAGGGUUCCUGAGGUCGACUAUCAGCUUAACAUGCUGCAGUAUAUAGGAAGUUACAUGAAAGCUGCCGAAGUCGCUGUGAAAAAUAAGCUUUUCGAUUCAUUGCCAGAAAUUGCCCAGAAAUCAAAUGACAGGGCUGUCAUGGAAUUUGUGGACUCACAGUUGGUAGGAAAAUAA